AUGAGAGUGAAUCUGGCUGCUGGCUUGAUUGCCAUCGCCAGUGCCGUAAACGGAUGCUUGGUCACCGUUCCGAGCACCCCAUUCAACUGCCAACCCGGCCAAUUCUCUCUCCGCCAUCUCAAGAGCAUCGUUCUCGACUCGCGCCAUGCCCAGGCAGUCGACAAGACGGGCCAGACCCUCAUCCCCCCAACCCUCGAAGACUUUACCCGCACCUUCAAGGAAGACCUCAAGUCGAGCCUCGGACUGGAUGUACCCGUGAUUAAAGGCACUCAGCCAGCGCCCAACUCCAUCUUUGUGACUCUCGACGACAAGUCCAAGUUCAAGGACGCGGCCGGACGCCACACCGCGGAGGGUUACCGACUGUCCGUUGGUGCCAACGGCAUCACUGUUGCGGGUGCGAGCGCGCUGGGUGCUUGGUGGGGGACACGCUCCAUCUUGCAGACUGCAGCUCUCAAUGACAAAAAUGUCGCCCACGGGGAAGGUGUAGACGCGCCUGGCUGGGCUUACAGGGGCAUCAUGCUUGACGGCGGCCGUCACUACUACCCGCCGGACUUCGUCAUCGAGAUGUGCUCGUACCUGUCCUUCUUCAAGCAAAACACCUUGCAGCUGCACAUGAGCGACAAUCUCAACAACUACCCGGAUCGCUACUCCCGCGAGCGUACCAUGAGCCUCUACUCGGCGUUCCGCCCAUGGUCCGACGACCCGGCCGUGGCGGGGCUCAACGACCGACGCAACGAGUCGUACACGCGCGACGAGUUCGACGACAUGCAGCGUCGGUGCGCGCGGCGCGGCGUCACCAUCGUGCCCGAGAUUGAGGCCCCCGGCCAUGCCCUGGCAAUUGUCAAGUGGCGCAACCAGAUUGGCCUCGAAGACCUCAGCAUGCUCAACAUCUCGCACCCCGACACGAUUCCCACGAUGAAGACGAUCUGGAAGACGUUCCUUCCCUGGUUCCACUCCAAGGUAGUGCACAUCGGGGCAGACGAAUAUGACGAGAACCUUGUCGCGGACUACACGCAUUUUGUCAAUGAGAUGGCGUCAUUUAUCAAGCAAGAGUCUGGCAAAGACAUACGUAUCUGGGGUACUUUUACGCCGAAGCAGGGCGCCAACGUCUCCAAGGACGUCGUCAUCCAGCACUGGUCGUCUCGCAUGGAUAACGCACUAUUCGACUACGUCAACAAUGGGUAUCAGGUGCUCAAUGCAGACCAUUCUUUUUACGUCGUCAACAAGUGGUCCUCAUCUUACCCGCCUCCCCUCAAAAAGUCCCAGGCCUUCACGGGCGGUAACCCCGCCACGGGCGGCCCCUUCUCGCCAAACAUCUUUGACAUCAGCAACGCGACCAACAACCCGCCGCGGGACAGUCCCGCUGUGCAGGGGCAUCUGGUUGCUCUCUGGAACGACUGGGGCCCUAACGGCACCACGGUGCUGGAGGCGUAUAGGACCCUGCGCGAUGUUCCCGCCAUUGGGGAUAAGCAGUGGGGAGGAGACUUGACCGAAGACGAGUACGAUGGUGUCAUCGAUGCAUUGCGCGCGGUCAUUCCGGACCAGAAUCUCGAUAGGAAGGUCCAGUCAAGGACUGAUGUGGUGCUCAACUAUCGCUUCUCCAAUUGCGGAAAGGACUCUACCUUUGUCCAGGACAGGUCGGGCAACAACUAUCACGGUCGCAUUCACGGAGAGGGUUGCAAGAUCAGCGGCUCAACACUCUCCUUUUCGGGCAACUGCCAUAUCGAAACACCGCUGAAGAGCAAGGGCAGGGACUACACGCUGUCAUUCUCCGUCAAACCCAGCGGCUCUAACAAAUACGGCACGCUCUUCGCCGGACCCGACUCGACGCUCCUCUCCGCCGCGGCCGACGCCGCGGGCAACGUCACAAUGGUCAGCGGUGGCGAGCACUAUGCUCUCAAUUACAGCCUCCCCGUAGGCGCCUGGACGAGCGUCAGCCUCAUUGGCAAGGGCAAUCAGACGUUUCUGUCGGUGUCGGACCGUGAGCCGCAGAAGAUGGAGUUCCUGACUCGGUUGGGCAUUUGGGGCCUGCGGUUCGUCUGGGCGCCCAUGGCGUUUGAGGCUCCGCUGGCGCGCAUUGGAGAGGGCUUUGUUGGCGAGAUGCGAAAUAUCACUCUGCGCGGCAGCGCUUGA